GACCCUGCAGGAAUAUUUGAACUGGUGCAGGUUGUUGGAAAUGGGACAUAUGGACAAGUAUAUAAGGGUCGCCAUGUUAAGACUGGGCAGCUAGCAGCAAUCAAAGUGAUGAAUGUUACUGAGAAUGAAGAGGAGGAAAUCAAGCUGGAGAUAAAUAUGCUUAAAAAGUACUCCCAUCACCGGAAUAUUGCUACAUAUUAUGGUGCAUUUGUAAAGAAAAGUCCUCCAGGCCAAGAUGAUCAGCUCUGGUUGGUGAUGGAGUACUGUGGUGCGGGCUCUGUCACUGACCUGGUAAAGAAGACAAAAGGGAACUGUUUCAAGGAAGAUUGGAUUGCAUACAUCUGCAGAGAGGUUCUCAGGGGCUUGGCACAUCUUCAUGUUCACCAUGUUAUCCAUCGAGAUAUUAAAGGACAGAAUGUUCUUCUCACAGAAAAUGCAGAAGUAAAACUGGUGGAUUUUGGUGUAAGUGCUCAACUGGAUAGGACUAUUGGGAGAAGAAACACAUUUAUUGGCACACCGUAUUGGAUGGCGCCUGAGGUCAUUGCUUGCGAGGAGAACCCAGACUCUACAUACGAUUACAGAAGUGACCUAUGGUCUUUGGGAAUCACUGCUAUUGAAAUGGCCGAAGGAGCUCCUCCCCUGUGUGACAUGCACCCCAUGAGAGCACUCUUCCUCAUCCCACGGAACCCACCCCCAAAGCUGAAAUCCAGAAAAUGGUCAAAGAAAUUCCUAAACUUUGUUGAAAGCUGCCUUGUAAAAAAUUAUUUGCAUCGUCCAUCCACUGAAACCUUGCUUAAGCAUUCUUUCAUCCGAGACAUGCAGAAUGAACGGCAAGUACGCAUCAUGCUGAAAGACCACCUGGACAGGACCAGGAAGAAAAAAGGAGAAAAGGAAGAAACGGACUACGAUUACAGUGGAAGUGAGGAGGAAGAUGAUGAGCUGAAUGAAGAUGAAGGAGAACCAAGCUCCAUAGUUAAUCUCCCGGGGGAGUCAACUCUCCGUCGUGAAUUUCUCAGGCUGCAGCAAGAGAACAAAAACCGUUCUGACCCUCAUCGCCAGCAGCAGCAGCUGAAGGACCAGGAGAAAUACAAGAAGCAGCUGCUGACAGAGCGACAGAAACGGAUUGAGCAGCAAAAAGAGCAGAGGAGGAGACUGGAGGAUCAUCAGAGGCGAGAGCAGGAGCUACGAAGGCAGCAGGAGUGUGAACAGAGGUGGCCCGAGGCCAAGGCUGUUCACAGGAAAGAGGAGAGGUGUAAAGAAGACAAAAGGGCUGUGGAAGAUGAAGGGUUCACAGCAGAUGGACAGAGGAAAUCAGAAAAGAAGCAGAAGGUGGAAGAUGUGCAGCAAAACAGGAAGGUGCAUCGAACUCUCCCCAAAGAUCAGACACAGCUGUUGUCUCUCCAGCAUGACCACAAGCAGAAGAAGAAGGAGCCUCCAAAUUCAGCAGUGCAUCCUUCAUCAAGCAGCACAAGCAAAGAGGCUGAGGACCGACAAAAGAAAAGUGACAGCAUCCAGCCAUCCCUCCAGUGGCCAGCGGUGCUGGGGCAUGAAGCCACCCCACAUGCCAGGAUGGGAUCUGGCAGCAGCUCCAGCCCUUGCACCCCCGCGCCACAGAGAGCCGUGUUAGUACAGUGUGAAAAUUUCCGGGCUAGUAAGGAUGUGUACCACAGCAGUUCACUGUCAGAUAUGUUGACGACACCACUCAGCCCCGUGCAGGAUGACGUAUUCUGGAGCAUGAGUCAAAAUGAAGAAGAACCCCCAAAGGUUCCGGAAAGGACAACCUCGAAAUUUUAUAGCAAGGAUCAGCCUGGCCAUCAGAGAUGCCUUUCAAGCAACACUCAUCAGUCAUCCCCUGGGGGACAUGCUCUGAAGCUAAACAGCAGCAGCACUCCUGGCAACAAGCAGUGGGAGAUGGGAUCUCAUCAGAGCAGCCGGUCAACCUCAG